CAACUCCAUACCAUAAUCCUAAUACUUUGCGUCUUGUGCAGAACAUUUGAAUGUGGCUUCCAGCACAGCGACCAUGUUCUCACGCACACUGCGCGGUCAGUUGAGGCUUAGGGCGCGGCGCGGCUUCGCGACGACCGCCAUCCGCGAGGCGGACUUUACUCACCGACCAGGUAAUCGGCGCCGGCGCCGUAGGGUUAGCUAUCGCUCGACAACUCGCAGCCAGAGAGGGCACCAGCACCGUGCUCAUUGAGAGGAAUGGCGCCGUGGGGAUGGAGACCAGCUCCCGGAAUUCAGAAGUGAUCCACGCAGGUCUCUACUAUGGCGCCGACUCGCUCAAGACCAAACUCUGCAUCCGCGGCCGCCAGCUGCUCUACGCGCUCUGCGAGAAAUACCACAUCCCCUACCGCAACACCGGCAAAUGGAUCGUAGCCCAGAACGAGGCCCAGCUCGCCGAGCUCGUCAAAGUGCACGACUUCACGCGCACGCUCGACGACGUCCCGACACACUUCGUGCCCCUGGACGUCGCCGCCCGGGAGGAACCCGACGUGCGCGCGCGCGCCGGCAUCCUCGCCAGCCCCACGACCGGCAUCGUCGAUUCGCACGCCUACAUGCAAUACCUGCUCGGGUCCUUCGAAGACCUCGGUGGUGACCUCGCCUUACACUCACCCGUAGUUUCCAUCCGCGCGCUGGGCAGCAGCUCCUCCUCCCCUCUAGGCUCCCAAGGCUGGGAGAUCACCACGCGCGAUCAGAACACCGGCGAGCUCACCGUCUUCACAUCCGAGACGCUGAUCAAUUCCGCGGGUCUCGGCGCUGCUACUAUCAAUAACAUGAUCCUGCCGCCCGCCCGCCAUCGCGAGCUCGCAUACGCCAAGGGCAAUUACUUCUCCUACGCGCCCUCGACGCCGCGCACCUCGCGACUCAUCUAUCCCGCCCCCGAACCCGGACACGCAGGACUCGGCACGCACCUCACUCUGGACCUCUCAGGCCGGAUCCGAUUCGGACCCGACGUAGAAUGGGUAUCCUCCCCGGACUUGCUCUCCGUGUCCUCCGCCCAGCUCCCCGCCGCCAUCACAGCGAUCCGCGAAUACCUCCCAGGAAUCAAGGAAGAAGCCAUCACGCCGGAUUACGCAGGCAUAAGACCUAAACUUGGAAGGGGCGCUGUCGGUCAGGGGAAGGGCUUUGUGGAUUUUUGGAUUAGGAUGGAGGAGGGAACGCAGGGGUUUGUGAAUCUUUUGGGCGUGGAGAGUCCCGGCUUGACGAGUAGUCUGGCGAUUGGGGAGAUGGUGGAGGGGUUGUUGUAUAAGUAGUGUGUUUGGGGG